AUGUUCACAAAUAUGGGAUUAGACUUUGCAAUGGAUGAUUUCUCAAAUGUAAAUCCUGCUGGAAAACCUCUUCAACUACGCUCAGAUAAUAUUUCAUCACUAAACAAUAAUAAAAAUGCUGAUAUUGUUUAUCAAUCACCUAGCAACAAUAUUAGUUCCAAUACUGGAUAUCAGAAGGUUAAGUUUAAGGAUAUUUUUGACACCGAUACUUCAGCCUCAGCUUCAACUUCAGAUACCGAAGCCGUUAAGUCUGUUAAUGGAAAUAUGAAAAAAGCUAUCAGCGUUUCGUUCUCUGAUUUGGUGUUACAGGAAAGGGCUAAAUUGAGGACCAAAUUUAGACAAAAUACUUCACUUACACGAUUCGACCAGCAUCAUAGCUCACAGCAUACCAAUACUAAAUUUACAAAUUAUACUAUUACAAACCCUAAGAAACAAAGUAUAAAUAAAAUUUCCUCGCCAGAGAAAGUUUUAAGACGCUCACCAUCGACAAUAGAUGCACUGUGUGAUGAUUCAGUAUCAGUAAUAAAUGAAGAAGAGGAGGAAGAAGAAGCAAAUAUUUCUAAAGUAAUCUCAACUCCUACACGUUACAUACAUGCAUCAAAAAAAAUCAGUGUAUAUCCAUCAUUCACUAGGAGAUUAUCCAAUAAUGCUACAUUGUGGAUUUCCAAGAGCAAUAACAAUUAUGUAACCUUCAAUAAGAAUCAUUUGUACAAAAAAUUCAAUCUCAGUAGGAGGAUGCGGAUCAAACGCCUGAUGAAUAUGGAAUCAAAACACUUCUCCAUAACUAAAAAUCAUCCAUGGCAUUCGCAAAAUAAUUUAAGAUCAGAUGAGACAUCUGACAGUAUCACAGAAAAAGUUAAUAAAGAUGGCAUUGAUAAUAGGAAUGAUUUGGGUUUUUGUAAAUCGUGCAAUGUGUAUUGUGGAAAAAUUCGAACACUCGAAGCAGAUUUGGCAGUAGAAAAACAACAUUUCGAAGAAAUGUGCAAAUCUAACUCUCAAUUGCAGCAAAAACUAGAUAACGCAUUUGAAACAAUUGAAAAAAUGACUAAACAACACAACCAUAAAUUGAAUAUCAAGGAGUCUAAAAUACGGCAAUUGGCUGAUAGGAAUAUGGAGCUCCUCAAGCGCAUAGAAAUUAAUAUUAACGAUAUUAAUUACUUCAAAAAUUGUUUAUUAGACAACCACAACAAUCUAGAAUCUUUGCAAUCUAAGUUGAACGAACUCACAAAUGAAAACGCCGAUCUAUCAUCAUGUGUGGAUAAUUAUAAGGUUGAAAAUGAAAAGUUGAUUAAAGACUGUAGUUACUACAAAAAACAGUGCAUGAUUAUGAAUGAUAAAUAUUUACAACAACAAUCCACGAUAAAAUUGCCACAAACACAAAAUUUAUGCCCAACAGUAACACAUAUCGAAACUUUAGUGCCGAUGGCAAAAGUCACAGAAAGUGUCACUGCCGACACUUUCACUGAUGAGACUGCUAAUGAAAUUGUCACUUAUUCUAAAGACAUCGAGAUCAAACUGCCUACUUUUAUGAACAUGUCUGGAUUCGAUAAAAGCAUCUUCCCAUCUUUUAUACCCAGCAAUUCCGCAUUAUCCUCAACUGAUACAGAUGAACAACACUCUUAUCACCAAAAAGAUUGUCAACGCGGUGACAAGAUGGGAGUGCUUAAGAAGAUUUGUGAUAUGGAUGAAACUGAUAUAAACGAUCUUGCCGAUAAUGUGGCAAACAAAUGUAUUGUCAACAGGAAUCUCGACGAUAGUAAAUAUAACCAGCCAAAACUGUCUCCGCUUCCUCCGUUACUUCCGCCUUUGCCUGCAAAAAUUACCGAAAACCCCCCUACAGAAAUCCCAUACAAUCCUACUACUAGGUGGAUUUUGGAUAGGGUAAGCAGACCUUCGAAUUUAGAAAGCUUGUUCAAACUCCAAGACAGGAUAAGGGAUAUGUCUCUUCGGAUGUGA